ACACGCGCGCGUAUGUAAAUCUAAUCCUUUACUUAUACUAUAGGUGUAUGUAUGCAUUUGGAAGGCGUAGGUAUUACAAAUGUGACAUAAGUAAACCAUAUACAAUUGCUAAAAGUCACUGAAUGUAUGGAACCCUGUGAAGUACUUACAGCAAAGUGUGAAUCUUGUCAAAAAGUUGGUCCUAAAGAUUCAUUUUAUUCGAACACCAAGAGAUUUUGUUGCGCACGCUGUUCCCACAGCUUUUCUGCAAAGUUUCGCAAACAAAGUUUUAAAGCUAGCCACGGUGUUGCCAAGAAGAAGAAGCCAAAACUCUCAAUUGGAAUAACACAUAAACCAUCGGUUGGCACUCAUUAUUCACUUGUCCUACCCUCUGAAAUGGACCGCCGUGAAUAUUCAUGCGCGGGGUAUGAUUGGGGGAAGUAUCUGGUGGAUAAUUCAAGUGAAGCUGCACCAGUUCAUUUGUUUCCUCAUGCACAAAUGUCAGACCAUUGGUCAGAAAUUGAAAAAGGUGUAAAAGUUGAAGUUCUAAACUUGGACUGCCCAGUGCCGACAAAAGUCUAUUGGAUUGCCCAGGUCAUUAAGGUGGCUGGUUACAAAGCAUUACUGAGGUAUGAAGGGUUUGGGGAUACAGACAGCAGAUGUGACUUUUGGUGUAAUCUAUGCACACACGAUGUACAUGCUGUUGGGUGGUGUGCUACUAUUGGAAAGCCUCUUGUCCCACCAAAAACGAUUCAGUUCAAAUACAGCAACUGGAAAAGCUUUCUGGUUCAGCGAUUAACCGGCGCAAAAACUUUACCUAAUGAUUUCCAGCAGAGGGUGGUACAGAGCAUGGAUUGCCCGUUCCUAAUGAACAUGAGGCUUGAGGUGAUGGAUAAAACACAAAUAUCACGCAUGAGAGUUGGUGUGGUGGAGGAAAUCAUUGGAGGUCGGUUGCGUUUACAUUACGAGGAUUCGGAUGAAACAAAUGAUGAUUUCUGGUGUCACUCCCGAUCACCAGUCAUCCAUCAUAUUGGUUGGUCGGAAAAAGUUGGUCAUCGCAUUCUUGUUGCAACCAAAGAUUACAAGACGAUGCCGGGAUUUAAAAACUCAAAACCGGAACUUUUUGCUCAGACAAAACCGAUUAAGACUUGUGGAUUUAAAGUUGGAAUGAAAUUGGAAGCAAUUGAUCCACUUAACUUAUCCUGUAUUUGUGUUGCUACUGUUUGCAAGGUGCUUAAGAAUGGAUACCUCAUGAUAGGUAUUGAUGGAAGCGAGGCAAUUAAUGGAACAGAUUGGUUUUCAUAUCAUUGUACGUCACCUUCCAUAUUUCCUGUGUCUUUUUGUGAAAUAAAUGAUAUUCCAUUGACUGCACCUAAAGGUUACAAAGGUCUGUUCAACUGGGAGGUUUACCUUAAUGAAACCAACAGUGAAGCUGCCCCUGCUUCUCUCUUCAAUGAUGAAGUGAUAACUCAUGGCUUCAUGUCAGGAAUGAAGUUGGAAGCCGUUGAUCUCAUGGAGCCUCGGUUACUGUGUGUGGCAACCAUUGCAAGGGUGGUUGGUCGUUUACUGCGAGUUCACUUUGAUGGGUGGGAGAAUGAAUAUGACCAGUGGGUAGACUCACAAUCAUCUGAUAUAUAUCCUGUUGGUUGGUGUGAACUUGUGGGCUAUGAGUUACAACCCCCAGCUAAUUCACAAGCUACUGCAGAUGCACAAGCAUUACUUAAAAAGAAAGCCAAACCAAAAGGACAAUCAUUUCUUGGGAAAAAGAAACGCAAGCGAUUAUCAAUAAACAAGAAGGCCAUACUCUCAAGCCCAAAUAUCAUAACACAAAGUUUGGACACUACAGUGAGUUCACAACCAAAGUCACCUGAAGUAACAGUAAGCCCCCUGAGUGAUGAUAAACCUCAAGUUGAAGAGAUAGUUCCUGAAAUCCAGGAUGAAGUUCCUGAAGAAGAACUUGGUCCACCAGCAAUCCCGGAGUCUUCCGGGAUAUCCGAUCUUCCAGAUAUUGAAGAUUCUGUUAAUCUGGAAGACACAGAUCCAGUUGUUCCUGAGGACACAGAUCUUGUUGUUCCUGAAGACACAGAGAUGGAGACUUUGGCUUCUCCUCCUGACACAACUGUCCAAGAGGUUCAAGAACCAACAUCUGAGCUUCCAGAAAUGAUGAAUACCGAUGUAAAUGAGAAAAUCACUACUAAUGAGAAAGAGAUUGUCAGUGAAGAAACUAUUACCCCAGAUGUUACACAAUCUGAAGCUGAAACUACUAACACCACAGCUGAAAUAUCAUAGAAUCUACUUGCUGACAUUGCUGCUUAAACAUUACAAUUUAUUUUCUGACAGUAUAACUGUUGUGUUAUAUCAGGCAACUUAACUUGAGCUGGUAUUUUCUUUUAUCAUUUCGUCAACGUGUUGAUUCUGUUGAAAUCACAAGCUGUUUUAUGAAUGUUUCAUUAGAUACUGUAGAUACACAGCUUACUGAGGUUGGUCAACUGCUUUUCUUAUUAUGUGGAAGUUGGUUGGAUAAUGUUAAUUGUUGAGAUAUGUAAUCAUGUACUCAAAAUCGAGGAUUCUUUUCUUUGUCAGUACAUUUUUCAAAACUCG